AUGCUCCGCAGCCCUCCGCGUUCCCGGCCGGACCCCCCUCCUUCCAAGACCCCUUUCCACAUCGAAGCUCUCCUGGCCCGGGACCCUCCGCGCCGCGGCCCCGCAGCAACCCCCGUCCCACCGCCCCCUCCCCGCUGGUCCCCGGCCGGGCCGGGUCCUGGAGCGGGGCUGGGGGCGAUCCCCGGCGGCUGGGGAUGGGGCUGGGGCUGGGGGGGUGCAGGGCUGGAGUUGUCUCACUGUGUAGGGACCAACUCACUGGGUCCAACCAUGCCUUGGAGGUCUGGAGGGCCCUGCAAGAUGAAGAGGGUCCGAACAGUUUUCAAACCAGAGCAGCUGGAGAGGCUGGAGCAGGAGUUCCUCAAGCAGCAGUACAUGGUGGGCACAGAGAGAGUGGACCUGGCUGCAACACUGCAUCUCACAGAGACUCAGGUGAAAGUUUGGUUCCAGAACAGGAGGAUCAAGUGGAGGAAGCAGAGCAUGGAGCAGAAGGCAGCAAAGCUGUCCCAGUUUGGGGUGAUCCAGCCUUCCACUGCUGACUCCACAGACAUCAAGGAGCAGGAGGAGGACACGGUGGAUGUUGAGCUUUGA